GGAGCGAACCGCUGCAACUUUUGGAUGAACUUCUGAUUUGAACAAACCGAGAGGCGGUCGGCACAGUGCGCGGACAACAACAGAUACAAAGGUGAAGAGACCCAAGAGAGGUUUCCCCCCUGCUCCCAACUCUUUACAGCCGGUUUUGGUAUCUCUUACCCGGCCGUGACGGUUGUCUGUAUGCCGGUGACUGACCAGCGAGAGCGCUUAUUUAUUUUUUUCUUCUCGAAAACGCCGCGACAAGGUGGAAAUUAAUAAAGGGUCACCUGAGAGCCUUCAGGCUGUCAUCUGCAGUUCACUGACUCCGACAAGACACCGGGAUCUCUGCUGUCUAUAAGUACAUAAGGCAGCACUCCACUUGUUCAGAUGUUGUCAAGCCAGCAAUGCUGCUCUCCUCCCCUCCCACACACACAGAUACACACAUACUGUAGAUACAGACACUACUAUAUUCACACAAGUAUGAAGGAGAGGGGGAGAAAGACUAGGAAUGAGAGAUAAUGUAGCGAGUGAAAGAAAAACACAUCAGAGAACAGACAGAGAUGGUAAUAGAGAGUGGAAGAAAGGAAUGUAAUGAGAGAGAUGAAAUGGAAGGGGGAAAAAAGUUUUUGACGUUUUAUUGAAAUCUACCCGGGUCCAAAAGUAACAGCAGUGAUCAAUAAAUCAGAAGAUGCCUGAUAAUUUACAACUCUGAAAGUCACUCAGUCUGUUUUAUAAGAAGACGUUACAAUCCAAAUUUAUGAUAUAAAUUUGAGAGAAUUCCAGAAAACACAAUCCAGCAACCUCUUGUACACUCGACACACUCGACACAGUUAGACUCACUUAAAGAGCACUGCAGUAUGAAAUCUUCCAAUCACUCGCAGUUGAAUAGAAACCAGCGCUAGGCAGUGAGUGUUGCUUCAGAUGGCAUGGAGUCAUAGGGACUGAGGCGAAGUGCCAUUGAUAGUCAUGUUCCUCACAGGUUGAAUGUUACUUGAUUUUCAAGAAGGACUUUUAAAGGUCCGUUGUGUAAGACUUAGGGGGAUCUGUUGGUAGGAUAUGGCAGCGAUUGUAUUCAGUUGGUUGCAAUCUGCACAUUCAGAGCUAGAUCCCACUAAAUUCUACACACUGGUCCUUUUUAAAACUUUUUCUAGGAUAAUAUUUUUUUAUGCAUACAAUGGCAUCCAUUGCAUCAAGUGAGCACUGAUUCUCUCGUGUUCUAUGAACAACUUCUUUCACCAAAGUGUAUCACUGAUUAUAUAAGUAUGUAUGAUUUAUAUGUGGAUGUAAAGGAUGUACAGUUGCUACAUCUGUAUUCAGUCUUGUACAAUGCAGGCCCAUUAAAAAUUGUCUGAAUGGAAAACUCUCUAUAAGCAGUGCACUCUGUUUUUUCAGGUUAGUAAAUGCUAGUACUGCACUUUGAGGACUUGCAUCAUUAUGGAUGGUUCCCCCAGUGCUGUCUCUGCCAGCUGUGUUUUUAUGAGUGAGAUGGAAGGAAGGAUGGAUGGAUGGAAAGAAAAGAGAGUGAGGGGAUAGUUGACUUGAUGGACUGACUACUCACUUACUUUCUGUAUCCAUCUCUCUCUUUCCCACUUUCAGUCUCAGCAUCUCAUCUCCUCCCACAUGCUCUCACAUUGAGUGAGGAAUCAAUCCUUCUCACUUCCAUUAUCUCUCCCUAUCCAUCGCUAUCGCUCUCUCUGCCACUUCAUUCUGGCCAUUCUCUUCCAAUCGAAUACACUUGCUGUAGGCACAAAUGAGCGUGUGUCUCUCCAGUCCCACAGCAAUCAUACCACGUCCUCAUUAGGUCUAUUCUUGUGGCCCGCCUUAUCCUGCUUCAUCCCUUUUUCCCCACUAUAAUUGGGCAAAAACUCUGCCUACCUGUCAGCAGGAGCCUUGAUACAAAUGCUGCAAAUUAUUCCUUACUGCCACAGGGUUUAUUAGCAUUGUGUAGGUUAUGACAAUGGCCUCAGAGCAACUAUGGGUCAUUGCUGCCCUGUGUAAAUUUCAGUAAAUGGGUGUAUCCUGGGGAGUCAGAUCUCAUUCAAACCACCACCACCCUUGCUAUCUUAUGAAUAGUGGCUGCAGUGAAGACAGAAAGAGAGAGCCUUGAAAAAUAAAACGUGCAUAGUUUGUUUUCAGGCUUUCUAGGUCAAAGUAGGUGAUUUUAAACUUCAUUAUGGCUACAUUUUUUUCCAUCAUGACUAAUGCUGAACAUAUGAGAGAGUUGCUUACUUGGGGUGGUUCUACAGAUGAUCCUGUGCAGGGCUUUUCUCCAGAAGGUUUUGAGAAUAUUCUGGAUGCACAGGGACACUCAGGAUAUGCAUUUAUUACACAGUAACCCCAGCAUUUAGUUGUUUAUGGCUGAUUCAUGAAAUCAUUGCAAAAACACACUUGUAUUUCCCUAAUGACUCUCAACACUAGAGCUGCACGAUAUGGUUAGAAAAACAUGUUUUCUUCUGGGUAUCUCUGCAGAACUGCGAUAGUUUAUAUUAUAAUGCUGUUGUGUCACAUUUUAACUGUAUCAAAAACUUGCAGCUUCUGCGAUUUGGAUAUUGCACUUGGCCAUAUAUUUUCGUUUUGAUAAUAUUUUGAUUAAUUGUGCAACACUAUUAUUUACUCUCUCCUUUUUAAAAUACAUUUUUAUAUAACCUUUAUUUUGACAGAAAAUCUCAUUGAGACAUGGGGUCUUAUUUUCAUGUUUGAAGUGUGGGCUAUUAGUUGUGUAGUAUCACUGUUGCAUUGUUUGGAGAUACCCCUAAUGUGGUGUGUACAGAUGUUAUACAUCAUUUUGUAAUUCAGUAAUCAAUGAGUGUUGAGCACAAAAGAAGAGCUUCAACCUUUUGGUUCCAUUUGUGCUAUUAUUAGAGCUUGUGAAAUGUGUAUAGGAUCCUUUUUUUUGUAUCUUAAACUGUUAAACCUUCAAGUAAAGCUAACUAAACACACUGAGGAAGUCAGUUAUGCAAAAAUGAGCAGGUAACUGUCUACAGUUACAGCAACUAUCAGGAAUAAAAACAAACGGUGGCAUGGAAAUGUUGGCAGCAGCACAAACGGACAUCCCAAAACCUUGAUUUAACAAUCUCUAUGGAGGCUCUGUACUUAAGCUUCGUCUUGCACUAGUAUAAUUUGCUAAUAGUGUCAGCUGCAGGUAGUCCUAUAAAAUCAGCAGAGCAGUGUUAACACACCCUAACACUUAAGUAGAUAAUGUGUUGUUUCUUGAGCUAUUGCAGAAUCAGUUUGUAAGUGGUUUUGUAUUUUCUUUAAAAUCACCCAGGCUUCAGUCUUGAGUGUGACUGGCUCACGCAUUCUCUGUCUGACCUGUCACUUCCUCAGGGGAAGCAGGAAGUGGCUGAGAUGUGUUUCCUGUUGGAAUGUGAGACUGCUUCCUUAGCUGAAGCAAAGCCUGGCACUGCCCUGUGUUGGAAGGCAACAGCAAAAAACUGGCUUUCCUUACUAUAUAUUCACAGCACAUUACAGCCACAUCCAUUAAGUUUUAACUGUAUAUCCAUAACGUAUUGCAAAGUACAAACAGCCACUUUAACUUUAGUUUAACUUCCCUCUUCUGAUUGAAAAAUGCAUCCAUUUGCAGUCAUAUCUUGUAACAAAUUUUGGUCAAAAGGUGUUUUUCUGUUUAAUGACAAAACUGCUCAUUACAGCCAACAUCUGGUAAGGAGGAGGACAGAAAUGGUGACGUCAUCUGACAAAAUCAAGAUAAAUACAGGUUAAUGACAACAGCUGUGUGAUCAGUCUAUAUCUACAUUUAAAACGAGGGAUCAGAGAAAAUUAGAGAGGACAGAAAGUGUAACUUUGCUGCCAUGCAACCAACUGUGACUGGAAAGGCAACAGGAGGAGGUCAGUUACUCUGCAGGUUUUCAGCCUUUUAAACCUGUUUAAUCCCCUCCUGCUCUCUGUGAUCACCUCUGAUCACCUGUAAUAUUGUUCUCAUUUACAUAUGAUUCUAUUUCUGUUCAGAGAAGGGAACAUGUAUAAAAUAGGGAUUUAAUGUUUGCUUAUAAAUACUAGUCAUUCUCAAGUAGAUUUUAUGAUUGUUAAGGCGAAAUGAACAUAAAUACAGGUAAAUGACAACACCUGGGCUGUGUGAUCAACACACCAAGUUGGUAUUUUUAAGAUUCAUCCACUUUGGAGAUGGCUUGAGAAAAGCUCAGUCUUUGAGUGAGAAAUGCUUGGUAGUAUGGUCAGAGAGCUGAAAUGGAGAGAAAAACAUUUAAGCACUUCUAAUUUGAACCGUCUUAAUGUGGAUGCACUCUUAAGAUUGAGAGCACAGGUGGGAAUCUGUAGAAUUCCUUUGUGGCUUCAUUCACAUUUCACUUCCUUAUUUGUCAUUUUUUAUUUCUCUUAUUUCUCCACUGAGUGGAGUAUCUGUCUGUCUAUCCAGCUCUGUCUUCUUGCAUAGAGUGAGCUGCUCUCAGUUCUCAGUCCUACUCCUCUCCUUACUGCAGUGCUCUUUCUGUUGCCCACGCAGAGCUGCGCCAUUUUGGAAAUCUGCAGCUCUUUUCACAUAGCUGUAAUCCAUUGCUUUUCUCCCUGUGACUAAAUAAGUUACCUGUGCUAUGAGGCAAUAGGCAACAGUACAUCCUCAUUUACUCUGUGGACUUUCAUAUGACUGAAAAUAUACCCUGUGUUACCAGUUAAAAAAGAACUUUGCAGUACAGAAUUGAAACCGAGCUAGUGAGACCAUGCUGAGAUGAACUUGCUGCUGGGAAACAUGUAAUUAUCGUCUAUAUUUCUGUUCUCCAUGCCUUUCUUUCUUCAUUUCUGAACUUUUGUGUACCAGUAUUUUGUGAUGCAUCAAAUGGGUCAUAUAAUUUAAGUACGACAAAGUUCCUGCUUCCCGUUACCAGAAUUUAAUUUACUCUUUAGUUUUGAUGACAGGGCUGGGGUAUGGUUUGCCCUCUCACUUUCUGUAUUCCUCUCAAUUGUGUUUGCUUCUGGUUUUCCUCUCUUUCAAAACGUUCCUUCCUUAAACUCUCUACACUUUAAUUAAUUUACAUUCUCAUCUUACCCUGUGUAUCUCUUCUCCAUCCUCUCUCUCAACACACUCUCCUCAUUCCCUUUCUUUAUCUCUCUACAGUACAUCAGCCCCCAGCCACCAUGCUAAUUACACCGCAGUUCUUUUUCUCUAUUAUUCACCACUCUGUUAGUUCUGUCACCCUCACUGCUGUGUCUGCUUUUGCUACAUCGCCAGCAUUUUGUUGGGGUCUGCAGUGGCUGUUGAAAUGAGGAGGGGGCGUGUACUGGUGCCCAGUUCAACAACAAAUGGCUGUUUAGCGUCAUCUGAUUGGCACAGAUUAGAGGGCUCUUGGUGGUGGUGCGGAGGUGGCUCUUGCAGAGGACCAGGUGGCUUCAAUGCUGCUGUCUGAGUGCAGCUGACGGAGCCAUUUGCCUGGAAUGUCUUUUACUAUUUUUAUGACAUGUUGCUCUGUUAUCUGUGAUUGAAUGGAUUAAGACAGAAAAUGGGUGAAAAUUAAAAUGAAGCCAUAUUUCACCAGAUUAAUGGUUUUAUUUUUAACACUGCCACCUCACUGCUGAGGUCAGUCCAGCUAUCAAACAGAUACAAAAGCACUGACAAGAAGGGGUGGGAGAAGUAAUCACUUUUUAAACACCUUGCAAUUCUCUGUUUAAUAGUUUAGCAUUGAUGCACAAAACACCUUAAUUCAGAGAAUCCCCCAGGGCUAUUUGUAUGUCAGCUGCCGUCUUAAUAGCUCAUCACUUGCCUUUGUCUGGCUGGCUACUUAUAUGUACCUUGGCGAGGGCACAUUUUGUGGAAGAUUUUUUGAGCUUGCAUGAUGAAAAUGAUGUUAAUGUGUGCUAGAAAUUCUGCUUCUGAUCUUGUUUGGUUUUAAUUUAGUCAAAUUGAAUUAACUAACUUGACAGCUACACUGUAUACGAUGCCCAAAAUGCUCAACUUUUGUUUUUUUCAGUAUCUGGUAUCUUUUUGCUAGUCACACACACACACACACACACACACACACACACACACACACACACACACACACACACACACACACACACACACACACACACACACACCUUCUGCCAAAUCUCUGAGUGAGGAGCCUGAAAUGUAUUCUUUAAAGAUGAUGCCUGCGGCUUGGUUAGUUUCAGUUGCUUAUUUUUAGGCUAUAGCAAAUGGAUUGGAAGCUUUCAUUUAGGAGGACCCUUGUUAAGUCUGUGCGUGUCUGAGUGCAUGUGUGUGUUCUUCACUGUUUACUUAUUUAUUGUCUUCUGGAGAGACCCAAGAGUUGACAAGGUGUGAGACCAAGUAAAUGUCAGCAAGUGCCAAGGUGUUUUCUGAGAAAGAAACACGUGCUUGUCAGGCUAGCACUGCAAAGGUUUUUAUCUGAGAUUAGCCCAUUAGCUUUUUGCUACUAAAUGUGUGCCCCUUUUUGGUUGGGUUUAGUUUAAGCUACUGUAAUAAUCAUUGGUAUUUUCAUAUAUAAAUAUCCAUUGCACUUGACUAAGUGUUGUACUGAUCUGUAUUGCUGUCUGUUUAUGAAGACAUGAGUGGGAUUGAAGACAGGAAGUAUGUAUGUAGCAACAGCAAUGAUGGGCACUGUGGCUUAACAUGCAGAAAACAAGAAUACCACAGACUCUUAACUGCAAUAGAAAAUCCAAACAAACUCUUUGACAAGUCAUUCAGGAACGUGCAAAGCAAAAACAACAACCUUUGUUUAGCUCCACAGAUUUUUUCCUAAAAUCAAAACAAACAAAACAUAUUAAACAGCAGCAGGCAACAAGAAGCAGUCACUCCUCGCUUUAGUAAUGAGAUGCUUUAUACCUGCAGUUUGAUUGAAAUUAGACAAGCAGAGCAGCAGUUAUAUUUUGGAUGUUCAAACAUUUGACCUUAAUACCUCUCCAGUUCAGCCAAUUAUAGUAUUGCUUAGACCAGAACAUUGUAUAAAAGUCAUCCUACAGUCUAAUUUUUUGGAAAAUCCGACCAGUGAUGUAAACCUCACAUUUUCUCAAGAUUUUGACUUUUAUUUAUAGAGGUUGUGUGUGGGGAGGUUGGAACUGACAUUUUAUGCCCACAAAAGUUGUGGUACAGGAAAUGUUUGAACUUAUGUUGUGCCUCAUCCUCAGUCCAUUUAGCAGCCACCUGUCUGUCUUAUGGAUGGGUGGACAGCUUGAGCAAAAUGUGCUUGUUAUUUAAUUGGGUUCCCUCAGCAGAAUGACAUGGAACAAAAAAAUGUGCAAGGAACAAUACCCUUCCGUCUUAACAGUAUAAACUGAACCUGCACCUUGUGCACAAACUGUAGAAUAGGGCUGCAGAUGCCACUGUAGAAUAGGGCUGCAGAUGCCAAAACAAUGUAAUGUCUGUUUGAUUAAAAAGAACCUUACAGUCACUAGUGGAACAUGUUUGUUCUAUAUCUGAGCAGUAACAUACUUUAUGCUCACAGCCCUCCAUGUGAAUAUGUUGUUGGCUAAAAGUGAAACAGAAAAGUGACAUCUCAAACAUGCACAACUCAAAGAUCUUAUAGAUUAUUGUGAGAUAACGUAGUUACGUCACUAUUACCGGUCUAUAAAAAACAGCCCUGCAGGGAAAAUCAAUCUAUCUACCAACCAACCGACCAACCCCCACCCUCCCAAAAUCCUCUCUGCUUGCCAUAAAUAAUAAAUCAGCACGUCACAAGGGCAGUUGGCUGUAUGGGUGGACCUGAUUCAUCAGACCUCACGCGACCCAGAUACCACUGUGCGCGAAUGGUGUAAAAGCCAAUGUGAUGAUGAAGAGCACAGUAGUUCAGUAGUUCAUAUGGGAUUUGUUUGUAUAUGGCAGUACUUAAAAGUUUAGUUAAAUAGUGAUUGAACUGGCUUUGCUAAAGGAACAGGAACAGGGUCUCUGUUAUACAAAGCAGUGCAACAACAAAACUCAACAAAAGAUGAGAUUUAAGAUCCACAAAGGUAGUUUAUAAUGCAUGCUUAUUGUAUUGGAUUAAUCUUGUCAUUGUGUCAAACUGUUGUAUGUUUCUUGUGAAUUAAUACUGUAUUAGGUAAUUAACAUUCAUGUGUAUUCUUCAUCGAUGCCUUUGUUUUCACUCGAUAAAGGCAUGUAGAUGUAUAAUAAAGUGAAACGUAUCCCAUUGCACCAUGAAGGUAGAGAGGAGGGGAAACUGAGGGUUGGACGCCUGAAACACAGUAGGGGGAAGGCAAGGAAGUGUUUAUGUGUGUGAGGGGUAAACAGGUAUUGUUGUCUUUCUGUGGUGGUUUGUGGGUUUGAUUAAACUGCAUCGCUGAGCAGAAGAGGUAAUCAUACACGUGAUGUUGAGGCAAACUGCCUCUUCCUGCAUAUUCUCAAUGCACUGAUAUCUGUACCAACUGUGUUGCUGUGGGUUACAGUGAAAACACACACAAGCUUGCACACAGUGGAUGUAAGAAGACCAUAGCUAUUUGUGUCAUUGUAGCACACUGUGGACCUGGAACCCUAAGUGGCACUUAUCCUUAGUCCCUCACUCCUCUAAAUAUCCAUCCUGUCCCCCUCCUCCAUUUCCCAUCACUCAUAUCGCUUCUGUUCUGCAUAGACAUCAUCAUAGCUGUUGAUCCAGUGGGAUGGAGUAAGGGGUGUUUGGGCAGUGUGUUAACAUGUUCACUGACAUGUAACACAUAAAAGUGUGGACAACUUCAUUCUACAUUCUCAAGCUAACAACUUGGGAAGAAAAAAUGUGAGUCUGUUUUCCAGGAAUUUAGUCUGCCCUCAUUGAUAAAAAUAGGGUGGUCAGUAUAAAACAAUACAAUUCAACAGCACCACAUACUAACUACUACUUAACGUGAUUAGACAUAGAAGAAGACUAUAAUGGAAAGAAAUUAUAAGAAGAUGCCGUCCACACUUUAUUGUUAAAGAUUUUAUAAUUUGCAGUGACAUUGUUUUUUUUCCGAAUGCAAAUCUGGCCCUUCACUCACCCGAGGUGAUUUGUGAGUACAAGAGAUCCAGACACCCACAGUCAAAGAAGAGUCGUCGUCUUCUUUUUUUUUUUUUUUAUUAAGGCCAGUUUUCCUUUCUACCUAUCCUUUUUCUCUCUCUGUACUAUUUUUCUCAGUUGCUGAGUUCGUCCCCUCCAGACUGAAUUGAGUUAACUCCUAGCAGGGUUAGAAUGCAGACUGCUUUUUAGAGACUUCAUCUAUGAACGUUUACCACCAACACAUUUAUCUUCAUCAAGCUUCAGCUCUGUAAAGCAACAAAUGUGUCCGUGAGACUCGUCACUUCACUCAGUGGGCAUUAUGUUGACCCUAAUCUAAACCCAUCAGCAACCCAUCCCUACCUUUCCCUCCCAUCUCCCCUCCCCACACCCUUUCCCACUUCCAUCAUGACCAGUCUGAAGCGUUCUCAGACAGAGCGCUCGGUCGGGGGCUCAGUGCCGGCUACUGAUGAGUUCUAUACCCGCCGCCUGCGACUGCCGAAUGGAGGGGCACCUCCCCCCCGCAGUGAGAGCGCCCACAUCUCCUCUUCCUCCACCACCGGCACCAACCCUGGCGUCCCCAAAAUGGGGGUUCGGGCUCGUGUGGCUGAUUGGCCCCCACGGAAAGAUGGGGGAGGAGGGGGUGUUUGGCAUAUCACAGUGGAAACGGACUCACCCAGCUCUACCAACACCACCAGCUCUUCUGGAUCAGGGAGUGGAGAUAGAGAAAGACUUGGAGGAGGGGGAGGAGGGGGAGGAGGAGGUGGUGGUGGUGGUGGUGGGGGUGGAGGUGGAGGAGGAGGAGGAGGAGGAGGAAGCGGUGGUAGUGGUGGUAGUGGAAGUGGUGGCAGUGGAGGAGGAGGGGUGUCAGCCGUCACAGCCCACAGCAAUCUGUCAGCCAAGCUGGGCCACCUGAUAAGCCCACAGGACUCAUCCAUGCUGCGCAACAUCCACAACACACUAAAGAGUAAGAUGCAGAGCAAGGGAAAGGACAAUCGCUUCCUGUCACCGGAUGGCUAUCUGGGAUCACCUCGCAAAGGCAUGAGGCGCAUCCGCCAGCGCAGUAACAGUGAUAUAACUAUCAGUGAGCUGGAUGGUGAUGGCAAUGAGGGCUGGUCCUUUUCCGGGUGGACACCCAUGCACCGGGAGUAUGGCAGCACUUCAUCCAUAGAUAAACAUGGCGUUUCAGGAGAGAGCUUCUUUGACAUGCUAAAGGGAUAUCAGUCCUCUGAGGCCCCUGAUCAGCGAAGUCCAGCUCCAGAGAGGCUAACGGAGCUACUUACUGUAGCCCCGAUAAAACAAGCUGCCCUGGACCUUCCAGACGGACCUUUAGGUCCAGCCAGAGGUAGUCCGGCCAGUCGACUGAAGGAACGAGAGAAGCACUUAAAGAGGAGGUCAAAGUCAGAGACAGGUGGAGAGUCAAUAUUUCGUAAGCUGCGCAGUGUGAAAGUAGAGGGUGACACAUCAAGGGCUGGCUCAGAUGUUGAAGAUGGGGGCAAAACUGAUGAGAGUGGCCCACCUCCCAAACCCUGGUUGUGCCAAAAAGGCUUUUCCCAUUUUGAUGUCCAGUCUCUACUCUUUGACCUCAAUGAGGUAGUUCACAGUCGGCAAUCUGGGUCCAAACGCAAGAACACCACUACGGGUGCCUCGGCUGCUGCUGCUGCCUCUGCUUCGGCCACGUCCUCUCUCUCUUCCAACCAGAGUGGAGUGUAUGGGUCACCCUGUGGCUCACAAGAGGAGCUGAGUAAGGAGGGAGCUGGAGGACACAGUACCAACCCUGCAUUGGACCCUGGUGAUGACAAAAGCAAUGACCUGGUGCUCAGUUGCCCUUGUUUCAGGAAUGAGAUUGGUGGAGAGGUUGAGAGGAACAUCUCCCCUGCUAAACAGCAGGGCAGCAUAGGGAGUGGGGGGAGCUCAAGCAAUUCUUCUGGUAGUACAGAGGAAGGACCUUUGGAUGCCACCCUAACUACUCAUUUUACCAAUGCUGGUGUGGCUGUGUUGGAGGCCUCCAAAGAUGGGCAAAGCCAACAUGCUGACAGGUCCAAACGAUACAUUGUGGAACAUGUUGACCUUGGCGCCUAUUACUACAGAAAGUACUUCUACCUCAGAGAACACUGGAACUAUCUGGGGGUAGAUGAGAACCUCGGCCCAGUGGCAGUGAGUCUGAGGAGGGAGAAGUUGGAUGAGCACAAGGAGCAUGGCCAGCAGUACAACUACAGGGUCAUCUUCAGAACGAGUGAGCUUAAUACCUUGAGGGGCUCCAUCCUGGAAGAUACAGUACCUUCCACAUCCAAGCACGGUCUAGCUCGAGGUCUGCCCCUCAAAGAGGUGCUGGAGCACCUUGUGCCUGAGCUCAAUGUCCACUGCUUGCGCCUGGCCCUCAACACACCGAAGGUCACAGAGCAGCUGAUGAAGCUGGAUGAGCAGGGGUUGAGUUUCCAGAGGAAAGUCGGGGUGAUGUACUGCAUGGCAGGCCAAAGCAGCGAGGAGGAGAUGUACAACAACGAAUCAGCUGGUCCUGCACUGGAGGAGUUCCUUCACCUGCUGGGGGAGAGGGUUAGACUUAAAGGCUUCACCAAGUACCGGGCCCAGCUGGACACCAAGACUGACUCGACGGGAACUCACUCCUUGUACACCACUUAUAAGGAUUACGAGAUCAUGUUCCAUGUGUCUACCAUGCUGCCCUACACACCCAACAAUAAGCAACAGUUACUGCGAAAGCGCCAUAUUGGGAACGAUAUCGUCACAAUCGUGUUCCAGGAACCCGGGGCGCUCCCUUUCACCCCAAAAAACAUUCGCUCACACUUCCAGCACGUCUUUGUGAUUGUGCGAGCUCAUAACCCAUGCUCCGAGAACAGCUCCUACAGUGUGGCAGUCACUCGUUCCAAAGAUGUGCCCUCCUUCGGCCCCCUUAUCCCAGAAGGCGUGACCUUUCCCAAGUCCUCUGUGUUCCGGGACUUCCUGCUGGCCAAGGUCAUCAAUGCAGAAAAUGCUGCCCACAAGUCACACAAGUUCCGUGCCAUGGCCACCCGAACGCGGCAGGAGUACCUGCGCGACCUGGCUGAGCGCCACACCACCAGCACACCCAUCGACCCCUCGGGAAAGUUCCCUUUUAUCUCACUGGCCCACAAGAAAAAAGAGAAAAGCCGGCCAUAUGUAGGGGCAGAGCUGCGCAGCCUGGGGGCAGUAACCUGGCCAGUCCAUGUUGAGGAUCACGGGACCGGAGGGGAACUGGAGGCCCUUCUGGCAAUUUCCAAUGACUUUCUCAUCCUGCUGGACCAGGAGGCCAAGGCUGUGGUGUUCAACUGUGCAACUAAGGACGUGAUUGGCUGGAUGCUGAGCAGCCCUGCGUCUUUGCGGAUUUUCUACGAGCGCGGAGAAAGUGUGUCUCUGAGGAGUAUCAGUAAUAACACUGAGGAUUUCAAGGAGGUGGUCAAACGUCUAGAGUUCCUGACUAAGGGCUGUGAGACAUCAGAGAUGACACUCCGUCGAAAUGGCCUGGGGCAGCUCGGCUUCCACGUGAACUAUGAAGGCAUCGUGGCUGAGGUGGAGCCAUAUGGUUACGCCUGGCAGGCCGGACUGCGGCAGGGAAGCCGAUUGGUAGAAAUCUGCAAAGUCGCUGUAGCGACGUUGACCCAUGAGCAGAUGAUUGACCUCCUGCGGACCUCAGUGACAGUGCGGGUUGUUAUCAUCCCACCGCAUGAUGAUGCCACUCCACGCAGAGGCUGUUCAGAGCUCUAUCGGAUGCCUGUGUCAGAUUAUAAGGGCAGCAGCAGCGAUAGCGGCUCGUUCGAAUACAAGUUCCCGUUCCGCAGCAACAACAACAAGUGGCAGAGGACGUCUAGCAGCCCUCAGCAGUCACUGACCGCCUCGCCACAGCCCCACACGCCCAACCGUGCCAUCAGCCUGGGUAGCUCAGUGGGGAAGACCCUGUCAGCUGAGAGGCUGGAGAGGGGCGCUGUCAUCCCACGGAGUGUCAGCAGUGAUGGUCGACCCCUGGACCCCAAGAGGAUGUCUCCCGGCAGUGAAAGCUAUAGCCUGGCCUCCUCCAUGGCGCUGGGUCGUUCCCCUCACAAUCGCAGCUCUCCCAGCAACCUGUCUUGUUCCAGUGACACCUCUGGAAGCUCUGCUCACUGGAGACAGAAGUCCAUGCCUGAGCAGUUUGUGGGCAACCGCCACUCUCCGAUGUCUACGGAGAGACGAGAGGCUGUUGGAGAGGGCGGGUCCAGUGGAAAGUCCACUCCCAACUGGUCAAGAAUGGAGGAAGGGGGUGGAGGUGAACGAGGCUCAACAGAGGCCCCAGUUUCAAAGUCAGGUCAAGGCUAUUCUGGAGCUCCCCGAAUCCAGAGGCAGGAGCAAGUCAUCCACCUGUCCCCGAAGAAGGGCAGCCAGUCGGACGGCCCUUACUCCGGGCACUCCAGCAGUAAUACUCUAUCCAGUACAGCUUCCAGUGGGGGCCACAGUGACAGUGAUAAAUGGUACGAAAUGGGAGCAGGUGGAGGCUCCAGUGGUGACCAGGGUGAAACAGAGCCCAACGGCCUGGGAGGAGGAGGCUACCUCCAGGGCGCAUCGGCUGACAGCGGCAUCGACACCAGCUCUUAUGGAGCCCCUCACCACACCCACCCCCAUUCUCAUCAUGGCAGCACCACCUCCCUGCUGGCUCCCAGUGGAGGCAGAGAGAGCAGAGAACGGUCAGUGUCUCCAUGGCAUAGCCCCACAGAGGGAGGCCGCAGGAUGCUGGAGCGGUCGCCUGCUGCCGCCGAGUCCCCAGGCCCUCCAGGAGAAAGGAGUCUGGAGGGGACGGGCCGAACCCCACCUACCCAUCUCCUAGUUAGAGACAGCAGCACCUACAGUCUGAGUGACACUGGAUCACACUCAAGCGCCAGGCACUCAGGCCACAGCUCCCCAAGAGAGGAGUCAUCCUCUUCGGCCACCUCCCCUUCAUCCCAGUCCUCGGCAUCCCCUGGGCCCAAGAGCUUCUACCCCCGCCAGGGAGCUCAGUCCAAGUACCUGAUUGGCUGGAGGAAGCCUGGUUCCACCAUCAAUUCUGUUGACUUUGGAGACACACGCAAGAAGUCUCCAGGAGAGGGUGGAGUGGAGGUAGUUCCAACCCCAGCAGCAAGGCCCUCUCUUCGGGAUAUGCACUCGCCCCAGCCUCAUGCCAAAUCCACUAUGGAGGAAGAUGUGAAGAGACACAGUGCCCCAGACAGCCCUCCGCCACCACGCAGACAUAAGGAGAAGCACGGCCAGAAAUCGCCACAAGGCCAGCCUCUCAGUCACCGUCGCUCACUCCAUCGUACCCUGUCAGACGAGAGUAUCUACCGUGGCCAGCGCCUUCCUUGCCUGAGUGACUCAGUGACAGAACCAGCACUCGGCGCUGAUGUUCUCUUUAGCUGCUCCACCCUCCCACGCUCACCCACCACCCGUGGUGUUCCCCUCCGACGUCCCUCCUAUAAGCUGGGAGUCAAACUCCACGGUGACCUUUCAGCAUCUGACACAUCAUUGGUGGAUUUGGUGGAGCGUCAUCGUGGACCCCUCCCUCAGGAGCUGAUGCCCCUCCCGUCUUCAGACAGGGACAGCCCCCUAGAGUGGACACACCUGGUCGAUGUGGCCAAUACCUUUGAGAGUAGUGAAAGAAACACACACUAUGUCCAGAGAAGUUAUGUGUUUGGAGAUUCAAACCACCGAAGCAGCGGUGCCUCCAGUCCUCAACAGCCUCACAUAGAGCUGCAGCCUGCUCCACUGUCACGGCCCUCAUCUAGUGAGGGUCACAUAGGGCUGGAGAGGAAGGUGACUAAGCUGGAGGCCAUGGUGAAGAUGCUCCAGGAGGACCUGAAGAAGGAGCGCGAAGAGAAGGUGAGACUUCAGGCUCAGAUCAAGAGGCUCUGGGAGGACAACCAGAGACUGCAGGAGGAGUCGCAGACCUCCGCUGCUAAGCUCAAGAAGUUCACAGAGUGGGUCUUCAACACCAUCGACAUGAACUGACCCCGACCGGCACAUUUUAACUCACGCACGCACAUACACAAAAGCAUACAUCAGCACACACAGUCUGGACAGAGAGGCAGAGGGGGGGAUCAACACUGACAGGAAAGGUGGAGACUUGUUGGACUCACUUAGCUUGAUGCUGAACCCUCCGACCAUCUUCCAUUGGCUUCAAACAUCAGCAGGUAAUAUCUCCACAGAUCCUCGGUUAAACUUCUCAGGAUGAGACUCAAGAAAAAUGGGUGUCAUUUAUCUGAUUAUGAAGGACUGCCCUCUACUCUCCAGUGGGACCAUAAAAGCGUUGCUGAAUUGAUCUUUCUUUCAUCUUGCUGUGCCAAAACCUUUUUCGCAAAAUUGCCAACAAAGAGGACGCUCUACCCCUCCCUUCUUUUUCUGAAGAAGCCAGAUUCGCCUCUUCCUGAUGUGAACUUAAAGAAUCCCCAGACCCCCACCCCUGCCCCGCUCUCUGUAGAUGUGUUUCUCUUUUUAGGGACAGCCUACAGUAGAUAUCUGGCCAUUUAUCUUUCCUCUUUGUUCCAUUUUUCAAUUACUUUUUGAAAUAUUUCCCUGCUUCUCUGAAAGUUGACUCAAGUCUUUUGUGCCAAAUAAAACCCACAACAGCAGAGGGUAGCAGAGACAUCCAUGUGACUUAAAGGAAGAAGUCUCUGAAAUGCCACGCAAAGUCAGACCGGUACGCAACAAAUCUGCCAGCCCACAAACAUAUAAUGAAUCUCAAGCCACAAGAAAACAGGAGAGGUUUUCAUUUCUUUCUGACCACUGACGGGUCAUCGUGGCUGUUUGUCUGUCAGCCACAGACAUGGAAGCAGGUCGAUCUGCCUCCUUAUCACGAGGGAAAUUUAGAUUUGUACAGUGUGGUUUUUUUUUGUUUUUUUCCCCCCCAUUUCUUCUCCUCUGUGUCACUCAGAUCUGGAUUACAGCAUCCUGUCUGUCUCUACAGCACAAACCAACACCUGACAGAGGAGUAUAUUUAUAAGCCAUCGGCAUGUGGUGCCAUAAAACAUGACUGAUAUCCAGAGUGCUUUGGUCCAUUCCAAUUGUAUGUGUCUUAAAAGCAAUAGGAAGAAGUCAGGACUCCUUUCUCUCUCAAAAAAGGGAGAGUUUGCUCUGGGAAGAAGUUCGAUGUGGGAAAAGAUGUUUUAAAGGUUACUCUUAGAAGACACCAGUCUCUGCUGCACAAGAUCCUCCAUCUUCUUCCAUUAAAGCAGUGAACAUCGUGCUUUGGGAAAAAAGGAAAGAGAGGACUUCACUCACUAUCCCACUGUCUGGAAUACAGAGAGGCAGCUGAUAAUAAAUGACAGAGACCUUUUCGGGAGGGAAAAGUAAAAGGGGUCGUUUUUUUUCCCAGGUUAAUUUAUUUCCUUGUAUUAUAAUUCCAAUAAAUAAGUUGUUCUAUUCGUACAGUACAACUGACAUCAGUGUUUAGUUCCUCAAGAAAAAGGUCACUAGCUAUAUUAUUUAAAUGGCUUUCUUUCUUAAUUCUGGCUCAAGCCUGACUAUAUGCUUUUUAUUCUGUAUUAUGUUGUAUUUUGUGGUGCCUAAGCCUGCUGUCGUGUUGCUUACAGUGCCCUCUAGUGAUGACCAGUGGAAAUGUCAUGAUUAUUAAAUGUGCUGCCAGUCACUCUGUAUUUUUCCAACGCCUCUUCAGCAAUCAGUCACACAUCGACCGUGAGGCCACACAAACACAGAACAGGAAGAAAAAUCGGAAGCCAGCUUUGAGAGACAAUCAAAGGUUGAUUUUUGAUAAAGGGAGCAGACUUUAGGUGUGUGUGUGUGUGUGUGUGUGUGUGUGUGUGUGUGUGUGUGUGUGUGUGUGUGUGUGUGUGUGUGUGUGUUAAAUCUAAAACAUGUAUAGCUUUCCUCAGGUUCAGUGCUUGUUGGGAACAUGAGGAUAUUUUUGUGGAAAGAAAUUCAACAAAAAAAUACUAAUAUGUUUAGAUUAAAAUACCCAUGAUGAGAGAGGGAACUACAGUACCUACUGUACCGGUGGCAGUGUGUGUUGUCAUUGUGUGAAUGUGCAUCAGUCUAUCCAGCCGUGCCUACAGUCACUUAUUUUGGUCAUUUACUCCCAGGCAGAGCAGGGAUGUGCCUUUGAAACAGCACCUGGGGAACAGAUGAAAGGGAAAGGCUCUUCUUCUUCAUCCUGAAAAAUAAACACAUACACACACACACACACACACUCCCCUUACACACUUUUUGAGUUUUAAUCAACUUCAUACUCACAGUUGUGGAGUCUGCCUCAUAAAUGUUUAUACGGGGGAAUCUGCUUUCAGCCUUUCUCUUGUUCAUAUGAAUAUGUUUACUGAACACAAUCAGGUUGGCUAGCCUCCAGACAAAGGGUGUGUGAAAUGUAUGGAAAUGUGUCAGGGUGUGUGCCUUUGCAUUUAGUUACAUGCAGUAUAUCUUUCAGUACAGCUGGCCCCAUGUAAUAAGAGUGUAUUGGAAGAAAAUGUUUCCCCAAAUCACAAAGCUAAUUACAACACAAGCAGGAGCCAUAAAGCUGUUUUCCACAGCCAUAUUGUCUGACAACAAUAAGAGAGGUGGGUUUAUUUCAGGUCUCUAACUUGAGCAUGUACAUUGAAGUGGUUGUUCACAAACGUGGGUGUAAGCCUUAAUUCCCUGUCCUUAGCUAUCAAAGACGCACUCCCGGUUUUUGAAUCCCUUAGAGUAAAUUUGCAUCUUAAAUUGAUGCAAUUAAAACCCUGCAGCGUACAACACAAAACGGCACCCAGCCUGAAUGUAAAGAGAAUAUAAACAAGCCUAAAUAAAUGUGAUGUUUACUAUAACUGACAUUCAGCUCUGCAGUUCUGCAGGGAGAUCAGUGGACUCUUAACAAAAAGAUGCAACAACUUUUGGUUCUGUUUUAAGAAUCUCUUCGGUCUAUAUAACAACACCAGUGAACAGUCAAUAGCUCAAGUGUUUUGCUUGCUGAGAUGAUUUGAUCGUUUUAACGGUAUAACAAGGUGGCCAGUUGUGAAAAGCAGUCUUAGUAGUCAUCCAAUAAUGUGAAAUCCUCAAAAUAUACACCAAGUAUGAGUCAUGUAGGCAGAAAUGUUCCCAAUCCAGGAAGUUUUGACUGUAAAUUGUAUGUCGAUGCUUAAAUGAUGACUAAUAGGUAAUGUUUACUGUACAUGGAAAGUGCUCUAGUUUUUUGUAUUUCAAAUGAAGUAUGGCCAAAUGACAAACUGUGCAGUGCAGAUGUUUUGCUCGCAUCUUUAAAAGUGUGCAUCAAGUUGGAUGUUAGAUACAGUUAGCAACCUUAUACAAAGACAUAAACAAACACACACACACACACACACACACACACACACACACACACACACACACAGUUACACACACACACACACACACCAGUCCAGUGUGAAUGUUGAGUUAUUUUACUGUGCAUAUAGUUUCUUUCUUUCCUCUGCUUCCGUUUUUUGGUGCUUUUCAGAAGGACAUGGGAAAAGUGAAUGUUCAGAUGUUCAGAUGUUCAAAUGUUCCAUUUUGUAAUAUCUUUUAUUUUUAAGAACCUUUGCACAGUGUUUUAUAAAAUAGGAUUGUGUUUACAGGUUUUUGGAUAACAAGGGUGAAUAGAUCCAUUCCUGUGCAAUCUCGUCUAGAUGUUGCUCCGUAGUUUUCCGGCCAGUGCAGUUCCCGAUAAACAGAGGAAGGUGCUUGACUUAAUUCACUUAAAAAUUCCAACCCUUCUUUUCCUCAAGCAUCGCUGAUCACACAAGAAGCAGGCUGGAUGUUGUUUUGUACUGUAGGGAUUGCCGGUUUUCAGUCAAGCACAACUUAUGAGGUUAGUGAUUGCAGCGGGGAAGGAAGGAAGGUUUCACAAAGCUCAGAGUCGCGGCUCACACGGCUGUGUUGGAAGAACAAACUGAACAGUGAAGUGAUUAGCUCUGACUGGAGAUUAAAAAAAGCACACAAUUUCAAAAGAACCAUACGUUUUACAGACUUAAAGAUACUGUUUACAUCCCGGAUCCAUUGUCUUUGUAAAAUGUAAAGGUAUGAAAAAGACAUUUGCAGUGAUCACAGUAUUAAAGUUUCUGAAAUAAAUAAAUGCCGUAUCAA